UGCCGAAUAUUUCUAUACAUUAGACCAUAUUGUUUUUUGUUGUCAACAAUGUGAUUUUUUGGAGCGUACUGACAUUUUCUACCAUGUAUUUUACACCAGUAUUCCUGUAGAACUGUUCAUCGGUGUACGAGAGACUGAAGUAAGUAUUUCCUCCGGUAAUGCGGGGAGCAUUUACAUCUCCCCGCUUGCAAUAGUGUAUGUGGGUCAAUUAAAUAAGAAAUAUUUUUAUGAUUUUCACUCUGAUUUUUAUUUCCACUAAAUAUCUUGCGUUAUCGAAGAUUGCGAUAUUUUUUUCUAGUGACAUUUAUCCAAAUUUGUGCUACAUUUUAAAGCAAUUUUUGGGAUCGAACGAGACGCAAAUCUAAGAACCGGUGGGGACGACAAAACAAAUAACAUCGCAAGCGAAGGCCCGAACAGUAAAGUAAGAUGGCAACAGAAGAAACAUAUAUGAUGUCAGAUGAACAGUUGUUAGAAAAAGCACCCAUGAGUGCAGCAAUGCAUCCUAAUGCAAAUGUCAUAUCAACUGCUGAUGCAAUGGAAACUGAGGAUUCAGGUGAAGAUGAGCUUGAUUUACAUGUGUGUGGCAAAUGCAAAGCUGAAUUCACAAGUAUUGAAAACUAUGUUGAACACAAAAGAGUUUCUUGUUCCAAACGAACACCAGUUAAAAAUCAAGAGUCACCAAGCAAGGGCAGGAAGCUGAGUGAAAGUCCAGCAAAGCAAGUCAUUCGUGGUACAGACAAUGUCACUGCUAUCCUGGAACCGCAAGUCCAAGGUUUCUGCGAGACUGUCAUUGAGGAAGGAGGCAUUGUUGUUGAAGCACAGGAUUCUGAGGCACAUCAAGAGAUUAUUAAAGCUGCUCGAGCUUCAGAGAGUCAAUCAUUGCCCAUUGAAAAAAGUAAAGAGAAAGAACCUACCACUACUGUUGAACUUGAACAGGGUGAGAUUGAUCCCACUGCAAGCGCUUCCACCCGAGGAGAAAACGGAUCAUUCAAAUGUGGUAUCUGCAACAGUGAUUUUGAUCGCCCCGAAACUCUCGUUGUCCAUCAGUUAAUGCAUAAAAAGUUCCACCAGUGCUGCGAUUGCAAACGAUCUUUCGUGAACCUCGAGAACCUCAAUAAGCACAAAAAGGAUUUUAAACAUGUUUUCAAAUGUAAAAUUUGCCAAGAAGAGUUUCCAAGUCAGGAUAUAUGCAAGUCGCACGCAGCAUCACAUACACGACAACACGAAUGCCAGGAUUGUAAAAAGAAAUUCUUCACUGAAAAAUCUUUACUGCGUCAUCGCGAGAAGGUAUUACAUAACCUUCCAUGCGACAAAUGCGACAAGGUCUGCCGUGAUAAACAUGCGCUGACAAAGCACCAGGAGUCCCAUCUUAGAGUGAAAAGCCAUGUUUGUGAUUGGGAGGGUUGUGAUCGAGGAUUUCGCAGUGCUUGUGAGCUGCUCAAACACAAGAAGUGUGUUCAUCUCGGUAUUAAGGAGUUCAAGUGUACUGAAUGUGGAAGAGAGUUUUCACGAAAAGAUAAAUUGAACCGUCAUAUUUUAAUCCACUCUCCAAACCGACCAACAUAUCCAUGCCCGUUCAAGACGUUCACCGGCUGCCAGAAGACGUUUUAUCGCAAGGAUAAGCUACAACGUCAUAUCUUUGCACAUUCCAAAGAAAAACCGUACAAAUGCAAAACGUGCAAUAAAGUUUUUGCCAGGAAGGACAAUCUUACAGAGCACACCCGUAUACAUACGGGAGAGUUCAAACACCGAUGUCCUGUGUGUAAUAAAGGAAUGGGUGGACCGAAGAAACUGUUGCUACACAUGCAGCAAAAACACUCCGGAGUGAACGAGGUAAUCCCGGAGAAGCCAACUAUGGUUAGUGAGAGUGUGCUUCUAGCGACCAGCCAGGCUGCUACGGUUGUCUCACCCGUUACCACGACCACCACAACUGAGAGUGCAGAUGCCAGCGCUGCAUCAUGGGUACAACAGAAUAUCACUGGGGAGAAAACUGGUCCAGAGGCUGAGGCCACGCCGGCGGUUGCUAGUCCUGCAAGUGUUUCUGCAAUGUCCGAAGAUUUCCAGCCUGAACAAGAGCAACGCGGUCCAGGCGAAGGUAGACAGCCGAUACAGGAAGUAACCAACGAUAUACACCAUCAGCAGCAGCAACAAGAUGUUCAUCAGCAACAGCAACCAGAAAUGCACCAUCAACAAGAACCAGAAAUGCACCAUCAACAACCAGAAGUACAUGACCAACAAACGGAACACGACAGUGGUUCUCUAGUAGAACUACAGCACCACCAAACAAUAUUACACCACCAUCAAGAGGCGUCGCAAAACCCACCCCAGGUGGCACUUCGACCUUUGAUGGAACACCAAGAACAACAACAACCAAAUAUGCCACAGCAAAUUAUCAUUCAACCUCAAACUAUGAUAAUCACUCCUCCUCAGGGCUCUCCCCCGCGUGUGUCAGUCCAUUAUCUCUCAUCUAACACAACGUCACAACCCCAAACGUCAUACGCGUCGACGUUACAACAGAAUGUACCUAGCGUCACCCAAAGUGAUACAGUAUUACUUCAUGAAGUGUUGAGUGAGCUGGCCACAAGAUCGCUUUUUAACUCAUAAAAAGAACUUUUACUAGUCUUCCUCGUGUGAUAAUGAACUUAUAGUGAUAUAAUUAAAUUUGGAUGACAAUUAGGUGUAGGUCUAAGAUAAUUAAGAUUGCAUCCUUGUGUGAUGAAAUUAAAUAUGAGUAGGCCACACCUAUGGUUUAUCUAGCGAGAUCAAUUAGCGUUUGUUAUUGCCUAGGUGCUCAUAACGUUUGAUCAAUCUGCUGUAAAAAUACGAUAUAGAAUAUUAAGUAUUAGCCGGGAAUUUUUUGCCAGAAUCAUCUCUAUGCAGUAUCGCAGUAAUAGAUUUUGGUUUUUUGAACCCAUCGUCAUGAAAUUGUCGAAAGUAGAUAUUAACUGAGUCCGUAUUUUAGAUUUUUUAAAUCCGUAUUUACCAUCGCAGAAUUAGUGAACUGAAUCGUCCCACCGAGCAGUUAUUGCCCAGGGACUCAAAGGUAGUUGUUGAUCAUCGUCGUUAGCAAAUUUUUUAACUCUAAGUGAAUUUCGCGAGUUUGUUACCUUUCAUCCUCGUUUUUGUGAGAUGUUUCUCGUCAAUCACCCGGAUUAUGUGCCUUGAGUGGUUAUCUGUCUUUAGUGUAGAUCAGUUUAUUGUUAGUAAAUAGUAAAACAGCUUGUACAUGUACAUUACGUUUAUUAAACAUUUAUGUCACA